AUGGCUUUGAAGAAGAGAAGUAAGAUAAAAUUACCGGCCUUAGUGAACGAUGACGAAGAUGAUGAUUAUAAAAAGCAGACUAGUAACACUCUACUCCCGCAACUAAGCGAGAGCGACGAUGAAAAUGACAAUGCAGAUGUAACAAUUAAGCUCGAGAAGAGCAGAGCCAGAAGAAAUAAACUUCGAGCCACUUUUGAAACACAGGACAGAGUACCUGAACCAUCGAGUAAUAUACUUUACCAUGAUGAGAUCGACCUUUUGAAACAGAAAAAAGAGAGGAAGGAUGAUACUCAAGAAGUAGUCUUGAACAUGGAGGACAUGGUCGAAAGAGGCGACAUUUCUGAUACCGAAGUUGUGUCCCCCAACAACGAGAAGAUUAGACCGAAGACAAAUGUACAAUUGGAGGAAACGAAAUAUUUCAAAAUGCUCAAUUCUGAAGACAAGUCUGACAUCAUAGACACAAUAAAUCGACAAGGUGGAGUAGAAAAAGAUAAUGAAAGAGACGACAUUGCUGAUUUCGUGAUGACAGAGUUUGAGGAUGAGCGACUAGCCUUAACUUCCAAAGAAUUACGAAGGCAAGUGGAGCUCAAAAGAAGACUUAUCAAGGAAACCCUGCAGAACGAUGAGCAUGGUUCUUCGGAUGAGCAAGAAUGGGAGGAGCACGUUUUAGAGAAGAAUCAAGUGAAGCUUGAUCAGGGGCUGAAAUUGCCCGAGUUGAGCGAACUUGAUGAGAAAGAUAUAAACGAGGAUAUUGACACCCUUCUUAAGCGGCAAAAUGUGAAGCUGGACCGAGUAAAGUUACAAAACAAACAUGCACAAGAAGAGUACCACACUCUAGAAAAGGAAAGAGAUACUCUACUGGACUCAUUGAAUAGCAUUUCAUUCACUUAG